AUGGCCCCCUGGGCAAUCCGAAUCGCGAAUUGGCCCAUGAAUACCACGCCUGUAGAUUCCAAACACUGGUCGCCCGAAGACUGGAUUUGGAUCGUUGUCAAAUGGCCCGUGUCCUGUUUCCUUCUGAUAUUUACUCUACUCAAACUGGGACCGCUCUACGACGGAGUGUCGCCUUAUUCAAGGUACUCGGACUUUCCCUACCGCUAUUGGGGGUAUCCUAAGAUUGCUCGUAACCAACUUGAGGAAAUUCCUAGCAAACGUCAGUCAGAUGGUGACGAGAACGCAGGGGCUCACCCUGUUUCUGAGCGACCACUGUAUCCAAGACGGCUUUGCUUCGUCGACAGUGCCAACAAAGAAGGCGGUGGUAUCCACCUGUACGACGUCGAACUAUGGCUUCAACAGCACAACAUGAUUGAGCACGACAUGCGCUUCAUUGUUGUGGCGUACACCUCCACUCAGUUCGCGGACACGGACGAGGACACCGAGGCUUUACACGCCAUUGCUCGGGAAGCUGCAAUCCAGAACAAGUGCCCUGCAUACUGGGUGGGUUCCGCAUGCAUGUCUGAAGACCAAGUUGAGCUCGAGCGAGAUGUCUACCGCAUCAGCGACGUUAUCCGAGCCGCCUACGCUGUGGUCAUUGCAGUUAAGCCACAACCUGGAAACCAAAGCGCCUCGAUCGAUGGCCUUCUCAAAGAUUGGGGCACAAGGAUGUGGACCCUGCCUGAGGCACUUCUAGCUCCAAAGGACAAGCCGAUCCAGAUUUACAACGCUCGUCAGGGUCGGCCCGAGUUUGUCAAGGAGCUGGCGAAGAAGGACCUCGCUGCCCUGGUUUGGGAAGACACAAGUCUGACACGGCAGCUUGUGGACCACUACGAAGGCAAUUUAACCCUGAGUCGGCUUGAACUGGUCAUCUUGGCUUUGAAGUGCUUGAGCCAGCGCCGCACUUCGAAAUACCUCGACGGAGACCUCGCGUACGUCUUGAUGGGAUUGCUGCGUCGCCGACCAGUCAUCGACCAUACCGACUCGGAGUUCCAAGCGUUCGCGCGGCUCUCCCUUGCCAACGACAGCGACAAUCUUCUCGAACGCCUGAUCUGCAUUCUCCCAAAAUCUCAGACCCAGCCAUGGUACCACGCCAAUGACAUGUACAAUGUCAACCUCUGGGACGUCCAACCGACGUGCCAGAUUGCCGGCGUCUGCGAGGAUGACACCGUCAUUCUCGACGGCGUCAUGGGUGCUUCAAUCCGCUGGGAAUCUUUCGUCCCCGUCGCGCAUGACACGGCAUGGUCGUGGAAACGCCUGUUCGCCAAGAUGUGGCUCCGCCUCUCCGGCCUGGCGUUGAUAAUCAUCGUCUUCGCAGGUGCCAUCGGGUACCGCGUGACCGGGAGCUACCUCGCCUUGUGUUUGUUCCUCACCUUACCUGCCGUUGUCGCCUCGCCAUGGCUGGUCAAGGUUCUCUACGGCGGCAAAGUCUGGAACGCGGCUCCCCAUCUCCUCGGCUUUGAAGGGUACCUCGACAUUGUCACGAUAGAGACAAACAUAUAUGGACACUACACCGGGAGACUAGCGUGGAGUUCCGCGGGCAGCCAUCUCAGCCGCCACCAGAUGAACGAGUUCGGAGAGUGUUCCGGCGAGGAUCCAACAGGUGACGGUUUCGUCGCCGACAUGGUGAAACAAGCCCAGUACAGCGCAUACGGUGACCUCAAGGUCUACACCUUGGUCGACACCUGGAACGGACUCGUGACGCUGUACACUGCUGUGCGACCGCCUGUUGCAGCACUGCUCUGCGCCCAGGAAGGCGGCAUGCAACGCGCGGUCAUGGUCUCGCUGGACUGGAAGACCGGCACGCUAUAUCGCGAGACGGUGCUGCGCAUGCCGACGGUCAUGUUGUCGAAGCUGUGGCAGAUUGACAGAGUCAAGGUGGGAUUGAAGCGGCCGCUGGAACGGACCGUGCCGAGAGAAGGUGUGUGA